AUGAGUUACCUGUACGAUUAUGUUGAGAAGUAUCUUCCGAUCUCGUGGCGAAGGAAGCGUAUCCGCCGGCCUAUCAUUUGGUCGUCUCCAGAGUAUUCACCUUCCGCAGAAGUGCUGAAUGUAAAAUCUGUUGAUCUUUGCAUCGAAGAAAAUGGCAAGGAUCACCACACCCAGCGGUACGAUUUGAUGAGCCGCGAUGAGUACAGUGGAAAGAUCCCGAAGCUCAUCGUCCGCCGUGGAGAACCGUUCUGGCUGCGGCUGCUUUGCGAUCGCCCGUACGAUCGAAGUCGCGAUGCGUUGAGUUUGAUUUUCAGCGUCGCCGAUGAGGAUCAACCGACGCAUGGGCACGGGACCCUGGUGGGGAUUGCGGUCAAUCAGUUCCCGAACCAGCUCGGCGACCCCCACGAGUGGGGUGCCGCGAUAGAGGAGAUCCGUGGUGAUCUGCUGCAGAUCCUGGUGAAGCCUGCUGCGACGGCUCCGGUGGGCCAGUGGAAGCUGGACAUCGACACGAAGCUUCUGAGCGAUGCGUUCGGUCGGAGCUACUCGCUGCCGCAGGCAUUUUACGUCCUCUUCAACCCCUGGUGUCCCGAUGAUCAGGUUUACCUGGAAGAAAAAGCUCAUCGGCACGAGUACAUCAUGGCCGACACGACACUCAUCUACCGAGGAUCUUACAAUCGGUUGCGCCCAUCGGUCUGGAAGUUCGGCCAGUUUGAGAAGCACAUUCUCGACUGCUCGCUACUGCUGAUCGCUAAAAUUGGGAAGGUCAGUGCGACACAUCGAGGUGACCCCGUACGAGUUUGUCGUGCCAUUUCCGCCGCUGUCAACUCCCCAGACGAUGAUGGAGCGUUGCUCGGGAACUGGAGUGGUGACUUCUCCGGUGGAACACCCCCGACCAAAUGGGUCGGUUCGGUGGAGAUAUUGCAGCAAUUCUACAAGAAACAGAAACCGGUCAAGUUUGCCCAGUGCUGGGUGUUUGCGGGCGUUGUCUCUACAAUUGCUCGAGCCAUCGGUAUUCCCUCCCGCGUGGUCACCAACUACUCCUCCGCCCACGACACGCAAGCCUCGCUGACGGUGGACUAUUUCGUGGACAAUGCUGGCAAAAUCAUGGAAGAAAUGAAUGCCGACUCCAUCUGGAACUACCACGUGUGGAACGAGGUUUGGAUGCAGCGGCCCGACCUUGGCAUUGGCUCCGACGGUGACUACGGUGGAUGGCAAGCGAUCGAUGCCACCCCGCAGGAAACCUCAGACGGAAUGUUCCGCUGUGGACCGGCCUCAGUUCUCGCCGUCAAGUUGGGGGAGGUCCUGAAACCGUACGAUAACAAUUUCCUCUUCGCGGAAGUGAACGCCGAUAAGGUAUUCUGGCGGUACACCGGUCCCUCUCAUCCGCUGAAGCUGCUGAGGAAGGAUGUGUUGGGUAUUGGGUUGUUUAUCAGCACAAAGGCCGUGGGUCGUUGGGAGCGGGAGGAUAUCACGGCGAACUAUAAGUUUGCGGAGAAAUCGAUAGAAGAGCGUGCGACGAUGCUGAAGGCCCUGAAGCAGGCAAACAGCUACUUCAGCCGGUACUACUUGAACGAGGAGUUCAACGAGGUGUACUUUAACUUUGAGCUGCGGGAUGACAUCAAAAUCGGAGAACCAUUCAGUGUGAUUCUUCUUAUCAAAAAUCGAUCGUCGGAAAAUCGACACACGGUCGAAGGCUCGCUGCACGUCGACACCGUCCUAUAUACCGGCAAAAGUCGGGAUAGUGUAAAGGUGGAUACGUUCUCGAUUGCGCUCGAGCCUGGAACGGAGGAAUCCGUGCGCAUGAUUGUCGACUUCCACGAGUACUACGGCAAGUUGCGUGAUCAGGCCGCGUUCAACAUUUCCUGUAUGGCCACGGUUCAAGACACCGAGUUUGAAUUUUACGCCCAGGAUGACUUCCGGGUGCGUAAGCCGGACAUUAAGAUAUCCCUCCUGGGAACGCCGGUCUCACAGGCACCGGUGGAGGUUCAGUUUACACUUGAAAACCCACUCCCGAUUCCGCUGAGGAAGGGUGUGUUCCAUGUCGAGGGAUCCGGCAUCGGGAAACCACUUCUCUUCAAGCAUCCUGAAAUCGCCCCGGGAGAAAAGGUUCUCAAUACCUUUACCAUGACUCCGCCUUAUUCCGGUCGGCUGACCAUCGCCGCCAAGUUUACCUCCAAGGAGCUGGACGAUGUCGAUGGCUUCCUUGCUUUCCUUGCCAACCCACGCCCGGAGGAUAUCAUCAUGGAGACGGAAGAAAACGAAAUCAUCGCUCGCACGGACGUCAUAGACUAA